AUGUGGGGAGGGGGAGGGCAAAUGGUAUGGGGGCUGGGCAGUGUUUGGAUGCGAGACUCACGUGCCCGCUGGCAGCAGGGCGGGGUCUCAGCGGGGGGCGCUGUUCUGCACAGAGUGAGGUGUUUGACUCCAUAGGGUGCAGCUUAUGUCACGCCCCACCCCAGAGGUGGGCGCAUCUUGGUGCCGGGCGAGGGGUCCCCAGGUCACCCGCCGCCCCGCCCCAGAGGUGGGCGCAUCUCGGUGCCGGGCGAGGGGUCCCCGGGUCACCCGCCGCCCCGCCCCAGAGGUGGGCGCAUCUCGGUGCUGGGCGAGGGGUCCCCGGGUCACCCGCUGCCCCGCCCCAGAGGUGGGCACAUAGCAAGCCAUCCAAGGGGCUAAAUCUUUGCCGGCUGCAAUCCUUGUCUCUGCCUUCGAGGCUGGUUUCUCCAGGGCACACCGUCGUCGGGUACCAGUUCCAUUAUUUCAGAUACUGCACCUGGCAAGGGCGGAUCGUUUUCGGGGAGGAUCUGUACGUCAUGCCGGAGUUCAGAGGCCAAGGGAUUGGCACCAGUUUACUGAGCCAAGUGGCCAAGCUCGCGCUGGCCCGCGGCUGCACCCAGUUCCGGUUCAUGUCGGCCAACUGGAACCAGCCGGCCACGGCGCUGUACAAGAAACUGGGGGCCGUGGACAUGACAGCGAGGGACAACUGGUUCGUCUGGCACAUCGAGGGGCAGGGGGAGAUGGCGAAGCGGGCGACACAGUGAAGAGCUCUAGCUGGGGAGAGAACUCAGGAGUCCUGGCUCCCGGCCCCCCUCCGGCUCUCACCCUCCAGCCCCCACUCCCUUCCCAGAGCUGGGGAGAGAACCCAGGCGUCCUGCGGGUUCAAUCCUGCCGCCGCCUGGAUUUCGGCCCAGAAUCCAGAUCCGGCCGCAGCUCAAUGCGCUGGCGAGAGACAGCGCCAUCGGGGGGUGUCACAGGGGGGCUCCUCGGGGGGCUCCUCGGGGCAGGGACCCCGCGCGGCUCGGGACCCUUGCCAAUAAACAACGGUGUCAACUCGCUUGUGCAUGAUUCUGUGCCGGGGGGGGGGGGGUUAUAUCUUUCAAUCCCUUCAGGGCUGCUUUAGGAGGUGGAGCUGUGGGGGCUGGUGGGUUAGAGCAGGGGGGCUGGGAGCCAGGACUCCUGGGUUCUCUCCCCGGCUCUGGGAGGGGAGUGGGGGCUGGUGGGUUAGAGCAGGGGGGCUGGGAGCCAGGACUCCUGGGUUCUCUCCCCGGCUC